AUGUCUGGUGACUUUGGCCACCCCAUCCAUCCAUCGGGAGAUUAUUUUUACGUACUUGGCCCCGGCUUGGACGGCACGGUGGCAAGCCGCACCAUUGCCGCACGCUACGACUGGCCCCCGAUUUGGACGGGCUUGAAUUGCGCCGACACCGUCAUGGCGACGCCUCCAAACCACGACACCAUGUCUUCGGCCGACCAAAUCCUCAACCAUGGCGAGGGCACCUCGGCAAAGUUUGCCAGCUCGGAGCAUGGCACGUCUGCCAAUGGCCAAGGCACCGGCGGCUUCGUGCGGCAGGGGCGCAUGGCCGUCGUCGCGCCGCCCUCCGAGGAAGACUUGCAGACGAGCUACGCCAAGGUUGUAGGCUCCGAGGCCAACCCCAAGGGAUGGUACGGCAGCAUGAUUAACACCCUCGGCGCCAUCAUCGGCACCAUGGGCGCCGUCCCCUGCUGCAUCUGCUGCCCCAACCCCUACAAGUCGGUCCAGCAGGGCAACGUCGGCCUCGUCACCAAAUUCGGCCGCUUCUACAAGGCCGUCGACCCGGGCCUCGUCAAGGUCAACCCUCUCUCCGAGCACCUCCUCCAGGUCGACGUCAAGAUCCAGACGGCCGACGUGCCUGAGCAGAUUUGCAUGACAAAGGACAAUGUCACGCUGCGGCUCAAGUCCGUCAUCUACUACCACAUUGUCGCGCCGCACAAGGCCGCGUUUGGCAUUUCCAACGUGCGCCAGGCCCUCAUGGAGCGCACCCAGACGACGCUGCGCCACGUCGUCGGCGCCCGCGUCCUGCAGGACGUCAUUGAGCGCCGCGAGGAGAUUGCCCUGUCGAUUGGCGAGAUCAUCGAGGACGUUGCCGCCGGCUGGGGCGUCCAGGUCGAGAGCAUGCUCGUCAAGGACAUCAUCUUCUCCCAGGAGCUGCAGGAGAGUCUGAGCAUGGCCGCACAGAGCAAGCGCAUUGGCGAGAGCAAGAUCAUCGCCGCCAAGGCCGAGGUCGAGGCCGCCAAGCUCAUGCGCCAGGCCGCCGAUAUCCUGUCGAGCGCGCCGGCCAUGCAAAUCAGGUACCUCGAGGCCAUGCAGGCCAUGGCCAAGAGCGCCAACUCAAAGGUCAUCUUCCUGCCGGGCGCCAGCAGCAGCAGCAUGGCAAGCGCGGCCGGCCCCCUCGGCGCUAUACCCCAGGACCAGGACGGCCAGGAUGGUUUCAACCAGGCCAUUCAGGCCCACGUCAUUGAGAACAUCUAA